AUGGUGCCGCUCACGUUCGUGCCGGCUGCCAGUACUCCAGCACUCAGAUCUCCGGGAGCGCAUCCCGUGCGAGUUGUUCGCCAUGCACGCGGUGGCGAAGGCGAAGGCGACGUGGUGGAGCAGUUGCUGAAGCCUGGUGUCGUGCUCCUCGAUGUGCGAACGGAGGAGGAGUAUAUGGAUGGCCAUGUUCCAGGAAGCGUGAACAUUCCGCAUACCGAGAUCAAAUAUCGCAAAAACCAGUUGCCACCAGACACGGACACCCCGAUGGUGGUCUUCUGCGCCCGAGGCAUUCGCGCCCAGAUGGCGCAGGAUGUACUGCAAAGCCUCGGGUACACAGACGUGGUGAAUGGCAUGACUUGGCAGGCAGUUCAAGACACCCGUCAGGUAUUAAUCUGCAUCUCAGUGAUGGUGUCACAUGCAGUUGUAGAGCUUUCAAGCAACGACUUCAUCACCAGACUGGCUGAGCAGCAGGCUGGCCGGGACGUGGAGAUGAAAAAUCAGCAGCGUCAGGUCCAGCAACUGAACCAAUCCUUAGCCGAAGUGCAGAAGAUGCUGCAGAUGAGCUAUGCACAGGAGAAGGUUCUGAAGGAUCGCAUACGAGAGCUGGAGUCCAGCCAAGGCCGAACCCAUGUGGCAGGAGAUUACUUGAAGCAUGUCGUGCUCAAGUAUAUCGAGUACUGCCAGAAGGGUGAUCUGAAAUCUCAGUCUUUGGUGCCCGUUCUCUGCACGCUGCUGAACCUUUCGCCAGCGGAGCGCAGAUUGGUGGAACAUUCCUCCGUCCCUUCUCCCCUCCUGCACAUCAACCAGGUGGCAGGCGCGGCGGGCGCCUGGCUCUGGUCCGGAGAGAAGUUGCCGGAGACUGAACCAGAGGGCCUCGGUUGA